UAUUUAAUUUCAAAAUUGACAUGAAGAUAGUUUGAUACGGUUAAGUUAGAAACCAACUUCACACAGCUUCUCCAGACAUCAAUUUACAUCAAAAUAAGAGAACUCGGAACGAUUUCAAAGUGCUAUUAAAUUAAUCGAAAGAAUCGCAUAAACCCCAGGUGUGUUUAUAAAACGAAGCCUGACGACAGCUUUAAAAAACAGCCUUAAAACCAAUUAAGAAGUUUACAAAAGAAAACGGCGAAUUGAUUGUUUUACCACAUAAUCAUCGGGUAUGUUUAGAUUUUGAAAUUUUCCUGGAACGAAUUGCUCAUAAACAAAACGGCUCAAAAUAUCACUUAAACGAAAUGGCUCAGUAAAUUUACGGCAAACCGUCCUGUUAUUGUAAAAAAAUGGCAACUGCUUGUGUAAGUAACGAUGAAUUUUGGAAAGAAUGUACGGAUUGGUUGAUAAGAUGGGGUAUUUUACGUCCCGAUCAUCAAGCUAAUCUUCCCGAUGCUAAUAUUGGCGAUUUAGCAAAUACCUUAAGGGAUGGAGUUAUUCUUUGUAAAUUACUUAAUAAAAUUGAUCCACAAUGUAUCGAUAUGAAAUUAGUUAAUUUAAAACCUGCAUUUGCAAGGUUUUUGUGUUUGAGAAACAUUGGACUAUUUUUAAAUGCUUGUAAAAACAGUUUUCUCAUUUCCGAUCAUGAUUUAUUCGAAGAUACCAUGUUAUUCGAUUUAUAUAAUUUCCAUAAAGUUUUAUGUACUUUAUCAAAAUUAUCUUUAUCACAUAAAGUCUCAAAAACAAUUGUAGGAUUUCAUGCGAAAAACAGUAAAUCACGGGAGGAAGAAGAGAUCUAUCAAUGUCUACAAUCCAAAAUUAGCGAAAUUAGAUCUCCUAAUGUAAACGUAUUGGGUCCAAGUUGGCUACAAUUUCAAAUUCGUUGCCCCCAAAUGGGAGAUAGAGAUGAAGAGGUUUACGAUGAUUUAUGUUACGUGACAUUUACGCGUUUAAGUGAUGAGCAAUCAAUUGAUGAACCUUGUGAAAAACGUGAUCACGUCAUCAAAGAACUAAUAGACACCGAAAGAAAUUACGUUGAAGUUUUAACAAAACUCUACAAAAAUUUUUAUUUAAAACUUCGAAACACAAUGACUCCGGAUGUUUUAGAAACAAUUUUUUAUAAAAUACGCGAACUUUGCGAAACCCACGAAAUGUUUUUAGAUCAACUCGGAAAAUUAGGUUCGGUUAAAUUAAGCCACAUAUUCAUAAAUAUGCGAGAAUCGUUCUUAGUUUAUGGUGAAUAUUGCGCAAAUUUAUCGAAUGCUUACGCAGUACUUCAGGAUCAAUGCGAAAAACACCCAGAAAUUGGGGUGAAAGUCGAAGAAUUAGAGAAGCAAGUUAAUAAUGGUCGUUUUAAAUUAAGGGACGUCCUUUCAGUACCAAUGCAACGAGUUUUAAAAUAUCACCUUUUACUAGAAAAAUUAGUAGAAUACACCGAUCCAAAACACGAAGAAUACAAGGACUUAAAAAGUGCGAGAGAGUGUAUGAUCGAUGUAAAUGGCUACAUAAACGAAUAUUCGCGCGAUACUGAAUUAAAAAGUGUUAUAAAACAAAUUAGAGAGAAUAUAACGAAUUGGGAUGCACCAAUUGGUUUAGAACAAUGUGGGAAAUUGGUUAAAGACGGGGAAUUAAAGAUAAAACCGCAUGAUGAUGGGAAAAUAAGAACGAGAUAUGUAUUUAUUUUCCAAAAAUACGUAAUUUUAUGUAAAGCGCAAAAAGAUGGGAAAUUUACCUAUCGCGAUAUUAUGUCUUUAAACGAAAUGGAGAUACAAGAGUGUAAUAAUCGUGCCAUUUUGAAUCAAAAUGCUCGAUGGGGUUACCAAUGGAUUUUAUUUAAAAACAUUUAUUCGACUGCUUAUACUUGUAGCGUUCGAACAAUUCAAUUAAAAGAACAAAUGGUUAAAGCUUUAAGGGAAUGUAUAGAUAACUUAAAAUUGCCUGAAUUCGCAAAUAAAACUCACAAAUUUGAAAUGUACACGUUUGAUAAACCGACACUUUGCUGGGUUUGCGCAAAAUACUUAAAAGGUCUCCUCUUCCAAGGUUAUUUUUGUAAAGAGUGUGGCUCGGCCGUUCAUCGCGAUUGUAUUCGAACUGUUGGAAAAUGUGGAACUCCGCCCCCAUUAACCGCCGCUCGACCCGCUUUAACCCCAACCGUACCAAACAUUAACGACCCUAACGAAAAAUUGAAAGAGAAAUUGUGGUUUGUUGGUGAAAUGGAUCGUCAAACUGCUUCUGCGAGACUCCAAGCUAGAGCUAAUGGUACAUUUUUGGUUAGGCUGCGUUCAGAAAGCGAUGAUAAUGUUAAAUAUGCGUUAAGUUUAAAAACUGAUAACACAGUUAAACAUAUGAAAAUAUGUGCAACGGUGGAUAAUGUUUGCCCUAAAUAUUUUCUAUCAAGCGCUAAAUAUUUUAAUUCCUUAGAAGAGUUAAUUGGGAAUUAUCAAUUACACAGUUUAAAAGAAAGCUUUGAAAGGUUACAAGAAAGUACUAAAUUAGAAUAUGCUUUUAAAAAUAUGCGAGCGGUUGCUUUGAGAGAUUAUGAAGCGAGGGAUGAGAAACAAAUGUCUUUGAGAGCUGGCCAAGAAGUGAUUGUUUAUAGACAAGAAGGUUAUAGGGAUGGUUGGUGGAUGGGGAGUUCACAUACAAAUGGAAGAACUAAAAAUGGAUUUUUUCCAGUCGACUGCGUUCAAAUCUUAGAAUUAUUACAUGCUCAAUAAAAAUAUAAUUAAAAAAAUAUAUGGAGUGCCAUUCGCGAAAAUAAAUUUAUUAAAUACCACAUUCCCUGCCGAUUUCAGUAUUUGCAGUGCCAAGAACUAAGUUUACAUCUGGUUAAUUCCAAAAAAGAAUUAAAUUAAAUUUUAUCAGAUGUACUCAUGGCCUUAUUUUGAAUCAUAUCAGGCAGAGUGGAGUUUAUUUUAUUAAUUUCUCAUCGCACAAAGAGAUACGUAACAUUUUUUCUUUUUAAAACGGCUUUUUUAAAUCGUCCAUUUCGGCAACGAAGCGUUAACAUAAUUUUUUUAUGAAAAAUGCAAGAUAUAGGCCUAAAACAAAAAAAUAUAAAUAAAUAAAUUACAGUUUUAACGUUUUUAAAAAGGAAAUAAUUAUAUAAAUUAUACUAUAUAAAAAAAAAUUUAUUCUGCACGCGUUUUAAGUGCUCAAAAAUUUCUGAUAUAGAGAGCUCAACGUCUCCGGAUUUUUAACGUAAAUAAAAGCGAUGUUGUAUUUUACUUAUUUUAUUAUGUAUUUGUAGAUAUUUAUAUAUGUAUCGUUUAAUGCAAAUGUAUUUUAUGUUAUUUAAA